CUACAAUAUCUAAUAAACAAUAGUCAGUGAAUAAAAAUGAAAUAUACGAAGGAAUAUGAUCCAAGUUACGUCAUUACGUCAACACAGCGUUCUUGACUUUUUUUUUUUUUAUUGUUUGCUUGGAAAAAAAAUUAACCUAAACUCCUUAAAAUCUGCUUUAACUUAAAUGGCAGCCAGAUGACCGCGAAACCUUGAGCCUCGAAUACAAACGUGCCUGUUCCAGUGUUGGCUGCUGUGACGGUCAAUCUCUGACUAUUCUUAACCUGUACUGCUGCUGCUCUGCUCAAUGAGGUACAGAGGGGCUCAGAUCUAUCUCUGGGUUCAUGGCUCAUGCUGUCUGUCCCGCUACUCACUGCCUGGCAAACUCACUCAGGUACGAACCUACAGUGCUCUCCAUCAGCCUGGUUCAUCACCACCACCACCUCCAAACAAGCCUUCCCCUUCUGAAGGGAAAAAAGGAUCAGAGCUUCUGAAGGAGCGUGCCUUGACUGUCUUACAGCAUGCAGGUGAGUUUGGGCGGCAGUGGAGUCAGAGGUCGGCUCAAGCAGCCACUGCCACAGUAAACCACUGGUGGGAGAAGUAUGAGGAGUUUGUGGGGCUGAAUGAGGUCCGCGAGGCUCAGACAAAGGUCACUCAGGCUGAGGCAGCAUUCAUGGUGGCCAGAGGGAUAGUUCGUGAGGCUCAUGCUAGCCUGGAGGCUCAGCAGGGCAGGCUGAAGGAGAUCAGAGACCGACUGGACAGAGUCUCAAGGGAGGAGCCACACUACCUGGAACUGGCCACAAUGGAGCACAAACUCCUACAAGAGGAGCGCCGCCUCCGGACAGCGUACGAGAAUGCAGAGGGUUCAGAGAGGGAGAAGUUUGCUUUAUUCUCUGCGGCCGUUAGAGGAAGCCACGAGAAGGAGAGGACGAGAGCAGAACGCACCAAGAACUGGUCCAUCAUUGGCUCGGUGCUCGGAGCCCUGAUCGGAGUCAUGGGGUCAACAUACGUGAACCGAGUCCGCCUGCAGGAGCUGAAGAAUCUGCUGCUGGAGGCCCAGAAAGGUCCAGAGAGCCUGCAGGAAGCCCUGAAAAUCCAGGCUGGAAACCAUCGCUCCCAGCAGGACGAGCUCCGAACGCUCAUUGACAGUCUCAGAGUUGCUCUGAGUGAAACCUUCGCACAGAGGAGAGCUGUUCGCCAGGACAAAGAAGGCACAGCCCCACACUCGCCCUCUGUGUCUGUUUCAGCCUUAAAAGAUCUCCACACUGGAAGCAAAAGGACCGAGUCCCUCUUAGAGUCCCUGCCACCAAAACUGGGACAACUGGAACGAGGGCUUGGGAAAGUUGAAAGUGAAGUGUCAACCGUGAGGAAGCUGCUGGAGACCAAACCACAGCUUCAGACACAAGCUGGUCAGCUGCUACAUGAGAGACCAGAGAGAGCUGAGUCUGAGGCAGUGGUGAGGAGUCUGGAGGAGACUCAGAGGACUCUGGGAGAACAAAUCAGGACCACCAAUCUUUAUAAUGCAGUGUUUGCCUACACCGCCACUGCCAUCACCAUCUCUGCUGUCUACCUGCUGCUCAGAGGAACUGGUUAGAUACGAUACCUCCAGUUUGAAUAUGUAAAUGUACGGGAACACUAUCGGGCACUGGGACUAAUAAUCUGAACAAAUGAGUGCAAAUUACAAACCGCAGUGAACUCGGUUUAUCUAAUAAACUGGCUGCAGGUGUUGAUUUGGGUUUAUUAUCUACCUCUGCUGCUUACUGCACUAAUGAGGCUGAGGACUUAUUUUAACUGCUUCUAAAUAUUUAAAAUUCACUGAUCUCAAGCUGGCAGAUAAACAGGAGCGCUGUUGGUGAAUGUCACGUUUAGCAGCUUAGAAGAGAAUCCCACAUUACAACAACUAAAAAUGAUGUUUGUUGUCUAAACUGAACAAACCGCAGAAUCAGACUUCUCAACAAAUAUCCACAAGAAACCUGAGUCUCGGUUAUUAUAGUUUAGCAUUAUAGGUUUAAAUAAAAGAAUAAUAAGUAAAAGGUAGACUUCUGAAGAAAAAAAAUUAACUGAUGUGAUAUUCUGUACUUUUACAGAUACAAAACUAUAGUAAGUCUGACUCGAGUUCUCCAGCACAUUGUUUAGGUGACUUGGGUUGAUUGAUUAGCUGAUACAGACAAAUUCAU